CGCGGCCGCGCGCGCACCUUUUCUCUUCUCUCGAGCCUUUAGAUCGCCGGAGGCCUGCGGCGGUAACUCUUUUGUUUCGCUUCGCUUGCUCUUCUUCUUCUUUCUCUUCUGGUGCUUGCUGCUGGCGCUCCGCUCCGCCCCGUUGCUCUGCUCCGCUCUCUUCUGGCUGGCUGGCUGGCUGGCUGGCCGCUGCUCCGCUCGCUCGCUCGCUCGGUCGGCUCGGCUGGGGCUCUGGGCCUGGGCUUGGGCUUGGGCUUGGCUGGGUGCGCGCUUUGUUCUGGACUGGCGUCAAUAGGAAGGAGGUGGCUGCUGCUGGCUGGGGCUAGUAGGACGAGCGGGCGAGGGAGAGAAGGCCGCGAGGAGGGACGAGGGAGAAGAGGAGGGGGCGAGGAGGAGGACGACGAGUAGGGAUCGAGGUGGAUCGAUUGACUGCCGGGUGUCUGCGCGAGACGGAGAGAGGCAUCGCACGAGAGUCGGAGUCGGAGGGAGAGAGAGAGAGAGAGAGAGAGAGCGAGAGAUAGAGAGGCCGAGAGGAAGGGAGAGAGGGAGAGAGAGAGAGAGAGAGACACGGGUUUGGGUCGUUCGCGUAGGUUAUUGAUCAGUUAGCCGCUCUUGCGAGGCGAGGCAGGCGGGAGGGGAGGCACGGGCGCCCGCACGCAGACUCAGGUGGUGCAGCAGCGGCAGCAGCAGAGGAGAGAGAGAGAUUUCGAGCGCGGUUCGGUCGGUCGAUUGGUGGACGCUAGCGAGGCGAGAGACCAGGCAGUCGACGAGGACGAAGAGGGGCGAGACCUCGAGGAGGCGGAGGCCGGCGAGAGAGAGAGAGAGAGAGAGAGAGAGAGAGAGAGAGAGAGAGAGAGAGAAGCACGAGGCGAGAGGUUGGUGGAAGUUAGGGAAAGGGGUCUUACGGAUGCCUGCAGGGGGAGGAUUUGAGCGAGGAAAUUGCGAAGGUGGAUUAGAGCAGGAAGAGGUGUUGGUGCAGUGGUGAGAGUUGGAAGCCGGAGGCGGAGAGUAAGCCGAGUGUAGUGGCACCGGGCGGAGGUUGGAGGCGGGUUGUGGGGACGGAGACGUUUGCGGUUUUCGUGGGGUGGGGGGGAGGGAAGGGGUAGGCCGAGGGGUGAUGGACGCGAGUGUGCUGGACGACAUUAUUUUGCGGUUGUUGGAAGUGCGGGCAGGAAGGCCAGGCAAACAAGUCCAGUUGUCCGAGGCGGAGAUCCGGCAGUUGUGCUUGGCGUCCAAGGACAUUUUCUUGGCGCAGCCGAACCUGCUAGAGCUCGAGGCUCCUAUCAAGAUCUGUGGUGAUAUCCAUGGGCAAUAUUCAGAUCUUUUGAGGCUGUUUGAAUAUGGCGGUUUUCCGCCUGAGGCCAACUACUUGUUCCUUGGGGACUAUGUGGAUCGAGGAAAGCAGAGCCUAGAAACCAUUUGCCUUCUACUUGCUUAUAAGAUCAAGUACCCAGAGAAUUUCUUUCUGUUGAGGGGCAACCACGAGUGUGCUUCCAUUAACCGAAUAUAUGGUUUCUAUGAUGAAUGCAAGCGUCGGUUCAAUAUUCGGCUCUGGAAGAUUUUUACCGAGUGUUUCAACUGUUUACCUGUUGCUGCCCUCAUCGACGAGAAGAUCCUCUGUAUGCAUGGAGGGCUCUCUCCAGAUUUGAAGAGUUUGGAACAGAUCAAGAAAAUUGCCCGACCCACAGACGUACCAGAUUCUGGGUUGUUGUGUGAUCUAUUGUGGGCUGAUCCCGACAAAGUUGUUACAGGCUGGGGUGAUAACGACCGUGGAGUAUCAUAUACCUUUGGCUGCGACGUUGUGACAGAUUUUCUGCAGAAACACGACCUGGAUCUCAUAUGUCGAGCCCAUCAGGUGGUUGAAGAUGGAUAUGAGUUUUUUGCCAAGAGGCACCUCGUCACCAUCUUCUCUGCGCCCAACUAUUGUGGUGAGUUUGACAAUGCUGGAGCGAUGAUGAGUGUGGACGAUACACUCAUGUGUUCAUUUCAAAUACUGAAGCCAGCCGAGAAGAAACAGCCUAAAUUUUAUGGUAAUUCAAAUUCUGCAAGACCAGGGACACCUCCACGCAUUGUAAAGGGAUGAUCAUUUGGGAGCUGGCGAGAAGGCAUGUGCUGUUGAACGUUAUAUGCCGUAUCAAGGCAGCAAGGGCUAGGCACUGCAGUUGUUCUUCUGGUGGGAUGAAGAAACCGUCUUGACUGAAUUGUCAAGGCAAGGUGAAACUUUGAGUGCUCUUGUGCAAAGGGGUUCAUUAUCAGUUUGAGUGCAUUUCAGCAGGGGCUAGAGCCAAUGAACACCAGCGCAAGGCACUUAGUAGCCUAGUAUUGGGAGCUGGAGGAGGUGUCUCCACUCGGGUACCGUACCGGAGGCAAUGUCUAGCUCUGUAUGGGGGUGCUAAGCGAGAAGAUUGGUAGGGUAUGGGUAGUCUGGUAGGUUUUCAUAUGAGCUGCAUACGGAGCUCUCAGAAAUCAUUGCAUUGUAUGUACAUUAGUGAGCGCAAACAGGCACAUGUUUUCAUCCGACGGUCCUGUCACUUCAGCUCAUGGUAAUCAAAUGGGCUUUCGUUUUGACAUGUACCACUUUUAAUCGCUCUUCGUCCAUCAGUCCUGUCCUGUCACAGUCAUGUUUCCGCGUCUAGAGAAGAUUGUUCGAAGAGUUUGGACCUACCCCAUCCCAAUCCACAUCCAGAUCUCAAUGAGCCUGUCGGUCAAUGCACCGGUGUGUGCUGUGCGCUUGUUGGUUCUUCUCUCUGUCUGCGUGCUUCUGGUAUCGUAUUGAGGCCCCGUCUGUCCAGACAGGCAAUCCCACCAUGGAAGGAAGGUUUCUUAAGGCUGAAGUCAACUGGGGUUCUCAGUCGAGUGUAAUUACUCCAUGUGACGACCUCCCUGCCCUGUCCUGCAAUCUGUCUUUAGUUAUAAAAUAUGGGUACUCUACAAUUUACUCAGUUCUGUAAAUUUCUGUAGUGAAACCACUCAAGGCUUUUGCCCAAGGAGGGCAGCAGCAGCAUGCUGGUGUGGAGACAAUUAUAUCUGCCUGCCCUGAAAGCUUGCUUUCGGAAAGACAGCUUUAUCAGAAGAGAACUGCCUAUGCUUUUAGACCAGCAUUGAGUCUCUCGCUUGAGGAAAAAAGAUAGUUUGCUGAGUAGACCGGUGAUUUCAUGGAAACAAGGUUUGUUAACAGUGUAAAUUUUGUUCUGUAAGCAACUAGCACAUGGUUAUGAUGAUAAUGAGUUGAUGGGAAAUAUAAGGUGGUGAGCCAGACACC